UUUUAAAUAUUUUUUUGUUGUUUUUUUUUUUGGUUUUUCGUGCAAACGUUUAUUUUAUUAUUGAAAUUUGAAAAAAAGUGUGUCAGAAAAUGGUGGAAACAGCGACCACAACGACCAUAACGCAUGUAACGAGUACCACACCUGUACCACCACCACCAACAACCACUCCCACUGCUCAUAACAUCUCAAUCGCGACCAGUUCCACUGCAACACUAGCCAGUUCUCGUCAAAAUGAUGAGGUUACUAGAGGCAUUUUCAAUUUGAAAAUUAUUGUCUUUCUCCUAUUAUUGCCAUUAAUAUUGUUUGCGGUAUUUUUAAAACAUCUGCUGGAUUAUCUCUUCGCUUUGAAUCUUAAAGAAAAAGAUGUUACGGGAAAAGUAGCUCUGGUGACCGGCGGGGGUAGUGGAUUGGGAAGAGAAAUUGCUAUUGAAUUGGCACGUAAAGGAUGUAAACUUGCUGUAGUUGAUGUCAAUUCGAAAGGAUGUUACGAAACUGUAGAUAUCAUUUCGAAAAUUCCACGCAGUAUAGCCAAAGCGUAUAAGACGGAUGUUUCUUCGCCACGUGAAUUGCAGUUGAUGGCUGUUAAAAUUGAAAAAGAACUUGGUCCCGUAGAUAUUUUGAUCAAUAAUGCCUCAUUGAUGCCGAUGACAUCAACACCGCAGUUGAAAAACGAUGAAAUUGAAAGAAUUAUUUCCGUUAACUUGGGCUCUUAUAUAAUGACUACAAAAGAAUUCCUUCCAAAAAUGAUUGCACGAAAAUCUGGUCAUGUUCUUGCUGUCGCCGCUUUAUCAGGUCUUGUGCCUUUACCGGGAGCUGGAAUUUAUUCUGCAACAAAAUAUGGAAUUAUGGGGUUUAUGGAAGCGUUAAGAAGCGAACUGCGUCUCUCUGAUUGUGAUUACGUUCGCACUACGGUGGCCAACACGUACAUGAUGAGGACAAGUGGCGAUUUACAUUUACUCAGCGACGCUGGAAUUUCGAGUAGUUAUCCUGGCUUACCUACAACAUAUGUUUCAGAAAAAAUUGUCCGUGGCAUGCUGCUCAAUGAGCGUAUGGUGUACGUGCCAAAAAUAUUUGCCUUAAGUGUCUGGUUACUCAGAUUAUUGCCUACCAAGUGGCAAGAUUACAUGCUAUUACGUUUUUAUAGUUUCGAUGUUCGCAGCUCACAUUUAUUCUACUGGAAGUAAGCGAAAUGUGCCAAAAAUGAUUUUAAAAUUAAAUGAAUUAAAUAAUAAUAAUAUUUAAUCGAAAAGUGCUUUAAUUUGUUAAGAUGUUAGGGCCAUUGAGUAUCGUUUCUCAAUUCGAUUAUUAACAUUUUCAACAUAGCAUUCAUUCCACUACAUUCAACAUUUGCAUUUGCAUUUCAAUAAAGCAGGGAAGUCUUCAUGUUUUUCACUCGUGUGUUAAUUGAAUUAAAAAUUAAAUUUUUGUUUUGAAAAACGAUAAGAUUUGAAAGUGCUCUGACAUGAAUAUUCAUAUAUAUAUAUAU